AUGAAUAUCGACCAAAAUAAUAAUAGUGAAAAAAAAAUAGCGAAUAAAAGAAAAGGAAACAUGAACAAGAAAAAAAAUAUACUACUGAAUCAACCGAAGAACAAUGAAACAAUUAUGAAAAAGAAUUUGAAAAAAGUGAAAAAUGAAAAAAUAUGUAAAAAUGGAAAAGACAAUACAGAAGAAAGAUCAACACAUUUGAUAAAUACAAGAAGAAAAGAUAAUAUUAGAAAGGAAGCUAUAUACAAAGAUAUAGAAAAAGAAAAGAAAUUUGCAUCUUCUAAUAAAGGUACAUCGAUAAAAUCUAGUGGUCUGUUAGAUUUAAAUAAAGAAGAGCAUGGUGAGAAGAGCCUGGUUGAUAAUAAAAGUGUAAUAACAAGAACAUCUUCUAAUUAUUCAAUAUUGAAUUAUUUUAAAAAUAGUAAGGACACAAAUAAAAGUAGCAUGAUGAACAAUAAUAAUGAUAAUAACAUUAAUAUUAAUAGUAAUAGUAAUAGUAAUAAUAUGAAGACAAGUAGUGGUUCCAAUAAGAUAUGUAAUAUUUCUAAUAACAGAAAUAAUAUUCAUAAUAAGACUAAUAGCUAUAAUUUAAAAAGAGAUAAUAUAAAAAUUACUAAUUAUAUGAAACAAAGCGAUAGACACAUUGAAAAGAAUAAUGAGAUUCAUUUAGAUAAGCAUGGAUAUAAGGAUGAUAAUUAUAAAAACUCCUUUAAUCAUAAUAACUAUUUAAGUAUGAAAAAUAAUAUAGAAAAUAAUUUGUUGAAUUAUAAAAAAUGUAAAUUAGAUCGUAUUCAUGCAGAAAACAAUAGUAGUAUCGAUUCAUUUCAAUCAAAGGAUGAUGAAAAUGUAAUGAUACAAAAUAAGGAUACAUAUAAAAAGAAAGAAUAUGUGAUAAAUAAAGGAGUUGUUAAUUUAAAUGAGAAUAAAAAUGGUUCAUAUGAUAUGGUAUGCAAUCGUUUAGGCAAAAGUUGUAAUGUAUUGAAUAAUGUAUCUUUAUCACAAAAAAAUAAUGACAAUAUUAAUUUGAAUGUUGCAUGCAAUAAUUCUUUAGUAAUAAAAGGUGAAGAUAGGAAAAGUAGAUGUACAGGUCAGAAUCGUGCAUCUUCAGUUGGAUUGUCAAAAAGAAAUUCAAUAUAUAAUUAUAAGGAUAAUUCGAGAGAUGUCCCUAUAAAUAUGGAUGAUCUUAUAAAUAAUCGUGUUGAUAUAGACCAUAUGGAUACAAGCAAAAAUAUUAAUAAUAUGAAAAAUUUGAAUUGUGUGGGUAACAUCAAUAAUGUAAAUAAUAAUAUGAAUAAUAUCAAUAAUAUCAAUAAUAUGAAUAAUAUCAAUAAUAUCAAUAAUAUCAAUAAUAUGAAUAGUUGGAAUGGUGUGAACAUGGAUAAAGGACUUAUAAAGAACAACGAAGAAUUAAAUAAUAGUUCUAAAGAUGUUGAAUAUGAAUUGAAAGAUCUAAAAAGCGAAGAAGAGAAUAAUAAUAUAUAUAAUUUUAAAGAACGAAAUAAAGAAUAUUUACAUUCUAUUAAUAUCCCAUAUACUUCCAAUAGUAAUAAUAACAUAAAUAAAAAUCUAUUAAUGACUUCACUUCCAACUGAAUAUAGAAAUAAGAGUAGUAAGAGUAGUGAAGAAUUAUUUUCUAGAAAUUUAUUAGAUUUUGAAAAUUUUUGUUCAUACAAAUUUAAAAGAAAUAUAAAUAAUAAUUUGGUAAAUAAUAUAUGCAACAUGUAUGAAGAAGGAAAUGAUAUGGAUGUAUUUCCUAUACAAAUAAAAAGAGGUGAGAGUGUAUCAUAUGUUGAUAAUAAUAUGUGUAAUAAUAGAAAUACGUAUGAAAAUAAUAUAUAUAAUACAGUAAAAAGAAGUAGUUACUUUUUUCAUCCUUUUAAAGAGGAUCAUUUUGAAGGAGAUAAAUUAUUUAAGAAACCUCGAAUAUGUGUUUAUAAUUGUAUGAACAGUGGAAACAAGUAUGACAAUAACAUGAGUGUAUAUCAUUAUGAUGAUGUAGAAAAGAGAAGACGAAUAAAUCUAGGAAGUAGUAGUAAUAAUAUGGAUUUACCUUAUCCUUCUGAUUUAUUAAUAAAUAAGAGAGAGAAGGUAAUAAUAAAUGAGGAUGUGAAUAAUAAGGAAAUAAUGAAAGGAUAUAUAAAAAAUUUUUGGUAUUUGAGUAAGAAAAAUUUUUUUGGAAAAUAUAAAAACUGUGCAUUAGAUUUAGAAAAUGAAGAGGUUGAAACGUUAAAGGAGAUCAUUCCAUUUGAUAAAAAAAAGGGUACAUACACGUUGGAAGACUUAUUUGGUUUUGAAUUAAAAAAAAAUGAGACAUAUGGAUUUAAAGGUGUAAAUGAUGGAGAAAAUAAUAAUGGCAAGUGUAGUUAUUUGAAGGAUGAGCAUUGCAAAAGUGAAUAUAAUAAUAAUAAUAAUAAUGAUGAUUAUGUUAAUGAUGAUGAUAAGACAUUAAUGGAUGAAGGUAUGAAAGAAAUUUAUGAUGAUGAGACAAUAUGUGAAAAAGAUUAUGUAACUGAUGAGAAAUUAAAGAAUUUCCGUUUAGAUUUAAUUGAUGGUUUUUUAUAUGACAAGCAAUCUUUAUAUGAAAGAGAAAUGAUAGAGAAUGAGAAAAUAUUUUCGAUGAUAUCAUUUAAUCAUAAGAAUUAUGAUAUACAUAUUGAGAAAUUAUUAAAUUUAUUUCCUCGUGAUUUUAUGAAAAAAUAUAAAAUCGUAAAAAAAUUAGGAGAAGGUGUAUAUGGAAAAGUAUUUAAGGCUGAAUCAUUAGAUGAUUGUUAUUUACAUUUUGCUGUAAAGGUUUUACGAUAUUUCUGGCCAAAUUUUAAAUAUAAAUUUGGAUCUGAAGAAUUUGCAGUGAAUGAAUAUAAUAUAAUGAGAAUAUUAUUUCAUCCUAAUGUUGUUUGUUUAUUGGAUAGUUUCCGUGUACAUACUUAUAGAAAGGGUAAGACAAAAAACCAUCGUAAUAAUAAAGGAAUGAUAAAUGAUGAAGAUUCUGCAGCUGAAUAUGAUUUUAGUUUUCAAAGACAUCGAAAGCCUGAGAGGAAUCAGUAUUCUCCUUCUUUAGAAACAGUUGAAAGAAAUAAUAGAUGUAGAAAUUUUGUAGCAAAAAAUUGUAUAACAAUAGAAGAUUUAGAAAAGGAUUUGGUUAUGCAUAGUGUAGAUAAGCCAGAAGAUGUGGCUCGUAAUUUUAGAUCUUUGAGGGAUGGACCUCUUUAUAAUAAUCUAUCAAUGGGUGGAAUCUAUAAGAAGGGUCUUAAAAAAGGGGAACCCGAUAGUAAGGGUGUUUUAAGUUAUAUGGGUGGUUCUAAUAAUAUGGUGGAUAGGAGUAAUAUAAGUGAUAAUGUGAAUGAUAUGUAUUGUAGUUACAAUUAUUUUAAGAGUAGCAAGCAUGGAAAAAAUGAUAACAAUAUUAAUGGUGAUAAUAAUAUUAAAGGUGAUGAUAAUAAUAUAAAUGAUGAUAAUAAUAUAAAUGAUGAUGAUAAUAUAAAUGGUGAUGAUAAUAUUAAUGAUGAUGAUAAUAAUAAUAUUAAGGGUGAAGAUAAUUAUAAUAAUAAACAAGUUUGUGGUGUUGAUAACUAUGCAUUUAAAAAUUCCUGUAAAAGAAGAAUAAGAAAGGGACAUGUGAGAAUAAAAGAUAGUAGUAGAAAUAUUGAUAAAUUAAAAUAUAGGAAACAUUCUAAGAAAUUAAAAAAGAUUGAAAAUAAGAAUAAUGAUUAUAUAGAGAAUUGGGAUUUAUUUUUAGUAAUAGAAAAGUGUGAUUGUAGUUUAAAUGAUAUAUUGAAUAAAGUAAAGAAGAAACAUUCUUUAUUUAUACAACAUAUAAAGCAAUGUACAUCUCAGUAUUUGCCAAAUGAAAGGAUUGAUAUGACAUAUGAUCAUAUACGUAAUUAUGUAAAAUAUGUUUAUUUACCUUUAAAAAAAAUCGAAAAUCGAAGUUUUUAUCCUGAAAUGCCAUCUCUAACAGAAACACAAACAAAAGUUGUUAUCUAUCAAAUGCUUCAAGGUAUAAAUCAUUUCCAUAAAAAAUUUAUUAUACAUCGAGAUAUUAAACCUGCUAAUACACUUAUAAAAAAUAUUCAAUAUUUAUCAGAUGGAUUAAAUGAUUGUAAAGAAUGGAUAGUGAAAAUAGCUGAUUUCGGAUUAGGAGUAUAUGAUCAUUUCUUAAAAGCAGAAACAAAAGAUUCUAAUAUUAUAACCUUACAAUAUAGACCACCAGAAAUUUUAUGUAAUAGUACUUUAUAUAAUUAUUCUGUAGAUAUAUGGUCAGUAGGUAUAACCAUGUGUGAAUGCUUAUUAGGAUUUGUUCCUGUCACAUCGAAGUUUGAAUCUUCUGUUCUAUUUAAAAUUUUAGUAUUUAGAGGAAUACCUAAUGAUAAUUUUGAUGAUCUUUUAAAAAAAGAAUUUAUUGGAGAAUUACCUAAAUUUAAAAUUGACAGAUUGAAAAUGUUACAAAUUAUUUUUACAGAUAUAUAUGGAAGAAGAAUAUUAAGUGAUGAAGGAUUGGAUCUAAUCGAUCAAUUCUUAAGUUAUAAUUACAAAAAUAGAAUAACAGCAAAUGAAGCAUUAAAGCAUAAGUGGUUCGAAGAUGUUCACUUACAUUUGAAUGAAGAAUUGUUGAAAUAUUACAAACAAAAUGGUACCUAUUAUUUUUAG